UCUCUUAACAGGUGCUUUUGUGAAAAUGGCUCCAUCAAUAAGUAAACUGACAAAAAGAGCAAGAAAAGUUCUUUCAAUUAAAGAGAAAAUAGAACUGAUUAACGAAUAUCGCAAGAACCCAUCCGUUCAUUUUUUAUCUGAAAAAUAUGGUGUUGGCAAACAAACUGUACGAGACUUAAUAAAAAACAAAGAAAAAAUUUUGAAAUAUGAAUCGGAAAGUGAUUCAAUUCACGGUUUAAAAAAUAGACAUACUCUGAAAAAAUCCGAAAAUCCAAAGGUUGAUUUUGCAACAUAUGAAUGGUUUCGACAAGAAAGAUUUAAGGGAUGUCCCAUUACAGGCGAAAUGAUUACUGAGAAGGCAAAAUAUUUUCAUGGUAAAUUAAACAUAAAUUCCGAGUGUAAGUAUUCAUCUGGUUGGCUGGAAAAAUUCAAAAAUCGGCAUGGAAUUCGUAGGCUGAAAUCCACAGGAGAAAAGGAGUGUGCUGAUUAUGUGUCUGCAACGAUGUUUGUGGAAGACUUAAACGAAUACAUUAAAAAUGAACAACUUACAACUGAACAAAUUUAUAAUGCAGACAAAACCGGUCUAUUUUGGAAGUGUUUGCCCCAAAAUUCGUUGGCGAGUGGUGAUGAAUAUUCUAUUGAGGGGUACAAAGAGUCCAAGGAAAGAAUCACAGCUUUACUUUGUGCAAAUGCAGCUGGGACUCACAAGUUUUAUAAGUCUAAUAAGAGAGCUUGGGUAACACAAGAGCUAUUUCUGGAGUGGUUUAACAACAAUUUUGUACCAGAGGUAAGAGAACAUUUACAACGCAUUGGUCUCGAAAAGAAUUGCAAAGUUCUUUUGCUAUUAGACAACUGUCCAGCACACCCGGAUGUAAAUGCAAUGAUAUCUGAUAAUGUUACAGUAAAAUAUCUACCACCGAAUUGUACAUCUUUGAUUCAGCCUAUGGAUCAAGGAGCCAUUCGGAGUUUCAAAUGCCAGUACCGUAAAUUUAUCGUGCAAAAACUUGUGGAUUCUAAUAGUCGACACGAAUUUGUUAAAUCUUUGAACAUUAAGUCAGCUUUAUGGACAGCAGCGACUUCGUGGGAUUCUGUAACCCCACGUGUUUUAAAUAAAGUUUGGAAUAACUUACUAUCUCAAGAUGAUGAAAAUGAUUCAACUUUUACUGAUGCUAUCUCAAAGUGGAUGGAGUGCGAUAUUGAUGUCGCACCGUUUGCUAUUGUAUCUGAUGAUGAAAUCGUUAACAUGGUCAAUCAAACAGAAGAAUAUGAGCUUGAGUCAAAUUCAGAGGAAUCAGAUGGAGGUAAUACGGUAGAAACCCCCACAUUAGCUCAAGCAAUAGAGGCUAGUAGUGUUUUGUUAAAGUUCUUAGAAAACUAUACUGGUACAGGUAUUUCAGAACCAGACAAAAUACAAGUGUAUCGCAUACAAAGUCAUUUACUUAAGGAACAAAUGAAUUCUAAAAGACAAACUACUUUAAACGAAUAUUUUAAAUUAAUAUAA